AUGUGUCAGGGAAUGAAAGAUUAAGCCCCCAAAAAAAACCACCAGCUACCAGAAGACCAUUGACAAAAGGAGCUAUUUCUCAGAGUGACCUCAGCUCACCCACUCAGUCCUCUCAAUCCUGGUUAUCAAAUCCGCUCAGUGCCAUCAUGGAACACCAAACGGAAGUAAAAUACACAAAAAAAGAAGAUGGGGAGGUUAAGCGUCUGGUGAAGUGAAGAGAGCGUCAGGGAGACUCUCAGAGAGGAUGGACGAGAGACACGGAGCAAUGAUCCUGGUUUUUCUGCUCUGUGUCAUUGCAGAAAUUCCAGCAGAAGGCCACAUUCUGGAUGUGUGUCCCACCUGCCACGCUGACGCCACAUGUGACGAAAAGUCAGACGGCUCUAGAAAAGUUUGUAACUGCAAGUACGGCUUUGUUGGAAAUGGGAGAACCUACUGUCAAGAUAAAGAUGAGUGUCAGAUAGGUGCCAGUAAGAUCUGUGGGCAGGACACCACCUGCCACAACACAUAUGGCAGCUACUACUGUACCUGCCUGGCUGGCUACAGCCCUUCUAACAACAUGACCGUCUUCAUCCCGAAUGAUGGAACCCACUGCCAGGACAAAGACGAGUGCACGAUCACAGGCUCGUGUGGAGAGGGAGCUCAAUGCAGGAAUCUUGAGGGCAGUUUUGACUGCAGCUGCCAGCUGGGAUAUCAAGUCCACAACGGAGCGGAGCCCUUCCACCCUCGCAGAGACAAAGCUUCAUGCAAAGUGGUUGACUGCGGCCAGCCUGCCUCAGUGAAGGACACAGUACUGCUGUCAGUCACAGGCACCACAUACAGCAGUGUGGCCAUGUUUGUCUGUGAUAAAGGCUUUGUGUGGAGGAGUGGAGACAACAGCUCUGUGUGUGGAGCUGAUGGACUGUGGAAAGGACCCAACAUGGUCUGUGAAGAGGCCAUGUGUGGAAGUCCUCCGAUAAUUGAAUCCACUGAGCAGGUGUGGGACAGUCAUUCAACCCCUGGCAGCACCGUGCUCUAUGUUUGUAAAGAGGGCUUUUAUAACAAAGGAGGACUUAAUAUAUCGAAGUGUAAUGAAAACGGUCAGUGGACCCCGCCAAGUCUGUCGUGUCAAGACAUAUUAUGUGGGGAUCCCCCUAUACUGCCUCACACUGGGCAAGUGUGGGAUGGCAGCUCCAGCCCUGGAAGCACAGUGACGUACUACUGUAAAAUAGGAUUUUAUCCCAGUGAAGGAAAUAACAUGUCACUGUGCUCAAUUAUUGGUAACUGGACAAAACCAAACAUCUCAUGCCAAGAAGUUGACUGUGGUGUGCCGCCACCCAUCCCCCAUUCAAUCAUGCUGUGGGAUAAAAUCUCCACUUUGGGCUCUCAGGUUGUUUAUCGGUGUAACUAUGGAUAUCGCAGUGUUGGAGAGGGAGAUGUAUCAGUUUGUACUGCCAUUGGAGAUUGGGAUGGAGCCUCACUGCUCUGUACAGAAAUCAAUUGCCAUGAGCCUGUUUUUAAACCUCGUGCUAAAAUGCUAUGGGACGGCACAUCACACAUUGGCAGUGUGGUUUAUUACCAAUGUGAGGAAGGAUAUUACACCAAGAGCCUGAGAAACUACUCAGUGUGUGGAGACAAUGGACUGUGGGAGGAUAUUGAGCUAUGGUGUGAAGAAAUAAACUGCGGCCCCCCACUAACCCUCCCCCAUACUAACCUCCGGUGGGAUGGCACCAGUAGACCGGGCAGGGUGGUGCUGUAUGAGUGCAUGGAUGGAUUUUACCUGAUGAGUGGAAACAAUAGUUCAACAUGUUUACUCUCAGGACAGUGGGGGAAGGUAUCUGUGAAGUGCAAAGCUAAAUGUGGUCCGGUUCCCUUCCUUGCCAAAUCAGAGGUGAUGUGGCAUAACAGGAGUGUUGUGAUCCACCGCUGUGUGGACGGAUAUCACAGCUGGAGGGGCAGCUAUGUCUCUGUGUGUGGCAGCUCUGGGCUGUGGCAGAGAGCUACACUGAGAUGCAUAGAAAUAAAGCCACCUGUCAAUCACCUAUCUGUCCUUAAUGAAAAAUGUCUGCAUUGGAGAGCAGAGAAGUAUGAGGAGGAUAAAGAAGUAUACAAGGUGACGUACAUAGGAUCCAGAGACUACGAGAGGUCCUUUCAUGAUAGAGGGAAGCGGUGUCUGAGCUCUAAGGCAGACCAGCUGGAACUCUGUCUGAACCUGCUUCCAGUCACAAACUACAGCAUCUCCAUCACCGCACUGUCUUCCAGAUUCACUGCCACCAUCUCCACUAACACCAGUUUAACAGAUUUGACAGUUCCCCCAGCACCAGUUGUCGACUACAGAGAAUUUGAGACUCCUGUACCAACAUUGAGGCUCCGCAGAUCACCCAACACACUGGACCCAUUAAGUUCGUACCAGGUGUCUGUGCUUCCUGUAGAGGGGAUUAUAAUGUUUGACUGUUCCUCUCCUGCGAGCUCAGACAUCUCAAGCAAAUCAAAGUCCUCAACAGAGUACAUCACUGCCCAGAUUGAUGUCAGACAUGUUGGGACAGAGAUGAACUUUACUGUAGGAGAUGGACUCCACUAUGGAGGCUUCUUCAAUGCACCACUGGAGAACGGCAGGAACUAUUAUAUCAUCUUACGAGCUGUCAGCCAGUGGAAAUCGGCUUUAAAAAGUUCCUGUGUCCUCUGGGCUAAAGUAAGAGGCACAUCCUAUGUUCUGAGGGUUUCAUCGCUGUCUGCUGCUGCAGCAAUAGGACUGGUUGCCUUGGUCAUUUUGGGUGGAUACUGUUUCACCUGGUUUUUCAAGAGGACAUGACACUCCUAAACUCCUUAAUUGUCAUUAUGAUGAAUUCAAUUACAGUCUUGACUUCCCAUCUGUGCAUUUUAUUUUGUACAUUUUGUAACUAAUUAUAAUAAACUGUUUUUUUCACUUC